GCCAUGGCGAUCCCGGCGUCCUCUCCCUGGUUGGUUAACGAGAUGGGUGAGCCACUCUGCACCGUGGUGGCUCCGCCCCCUUACUCCUACGACCCUAACGGCAGUGACUUACCCAGAGACUGCAGAGUCCUGCAGUAUUACUUUAACCUCGGAGUCCAGUGGUACCAUCAGAGCUGCUGGCAGCAGCAGCAGCAGGUGUACCCCACCUCCUCCCCGGACCCCUCCUACUCCUACCAGCACUACCCCCCCUACCUGAGCCAGGAGCCCCCCCUGCAUGGUAAGACCCCCUCUGAUUGGCUCCUACCAGCACUGCCCCCAUCAUAUACUCUGUGA